AUGGCUUGGUUUAGAGUUGGUAGUAGUAUAGCAAAACAAGCUAUUAAGAGAACCCUUUCACAAGGUGGAUCUUCGUAUCUUGUAUCUAGGGCUAGAGUGCUUCCUUCCUUACAUGGGAGGAAGUUUCUUCAUACAUCUGUUUUUAAGGAGCAGGCUGCUGCACCUGCGCCGAGGGCGGUUCCGCUAUCGAGGUUGACUGAUAGUUUUUUAGAUGGGACUAGUAGUGUGUAUUUGGAGGAGCUUCAGAGGGCUUGGGAAGCUGAUCCCAAUAGUGUUGACGAGUCGUGGGAUAAUUUCUUCAGGAAUUUUGUUGGGCAGGCUUCUACUUCGCCGGGGAUUUCGGGGCAGACGAUUCAGGAGAGUAUGAGGUUGUUGUUGAUGGUUAGGGCGUAUCAGGUUAAUGGGCAUAUGAAGGCGAAGUUGGAUCCGUUGAAUCUUGAGGCGAGGCAGAUUCCAGAUGAUUUGGAUCCGGCGCUUUAUGGGUUUUCUGAGGCCGAUCUUGAUAGGGAGUUUUUUUUGGGUGUUUGGAGGAUGGCGGGUUUUUUGUCUGAGAAUCGGCCUGUUCAGACGCUUAGAUCUAUAUUGACUCGUCUUGAGCAGGCUUAUUGUGGGAGUAUUGGUUAUGAGUAUAUGCAUAUUUCGGAUCGUGAGAAGUGUAAUUGGCUUAGGGAUAAAAUUGAAACUCCUACACCGGUGCAAUUUAACAGAGAGCGUCGUGAGGCUAUAUUUGAUAGGCUUGCUUGGAGUUCGUUGUUUGAGAAUUUUUUGGCCACCAAGUGGACUUCAGCUAAGAGGUUUGGGCUUGAAGGAGGGGAGACUCUUAUUCCUGGCAUGAAAGAAAUGUUUGAUAGAGCAUCUGAUCUUGGGGUUGAGAGCAUAGUUAUUGGAAUGGCACACAGGGGAAGAUUGAAUGUUUUGGGUAAUGUAGUUCGGAAGCCGCUGCGUCAGAUCUUUUGUGAGUUCAGCGGUGGUCUCUCACCGGAGGAUGAAGUUGGGCUUUACACUGGAACUGGUGAUGUUAAGUAUCACUUGGGAACAUCUUAUGAUCGUCCUACACGGGGUGGCAAGAGGAUACAUUUGUCUUUGGUGGCAAAUCCCAGUCACUUGGAAGCUGUCGACCCUGUUGUUGUUGGGAAAACUCGAGCGAAGCAGUAUUAUGCAAAUGAUGUGGACAGGACAAAAAACAUGGGUAUUUUACUUCAUGGAGAUGGUAGUUUUGCCGGCCAGGGUGUGGUCUAUGAAACGCUGCAUCUAAGUGCUCUUCCAAAUUACACUACUGGUGGGACUAUUCAUAUUGUGUUAAACAAUCAAGUUGCAUUUACAACUGAUCCAAUGUCUGGCAGGUCUUCACAGUAUUGCACAGAUGUUGCUAAGGCUUUAGAAUGUCCCAUCUUUCAUGUUAAUGGUGAUGAUGUGGAAGCAGUUGUUCAUGCCUGUGAACUUGCUGCCGAGUGGCGCCAAACUUUCCAUUCAGAUGUGGUUGUGGACUUGGUGUGUUAUCGUCGAUUUGGCCACAAUGAGAUUGACGAACCUUCUUUCACGCAGCCUAAAAUGUACAAGGUCAUCAGAAGCCAUCCUUCAACUCUUGAAAUCUAUCAGAAGCAACUUUUGGCAACUGGAGAGGUGACACAAGAUGACAUUGAUAAGAUACACAAGAAGGUCACAUCAAUUCUAAAUGAAGAAUUUCAAGCUAGCAAAGAUUACAUUCCUAAAAGAAGAGAUUGGCUUUCAGCAUACUGGCUUGGCUUUAAGUCGCCCGAACAGCUUUCCCGUGUCCGAAACACUGGUGUGAAACCAGAGAUCUUGAAAACAGUUGGGAAAGCAAUCACAACCAUCCCUGAAAAUUUCACACCUCACAAAGCAGUGAAGAGGAUUUAUGAACAACGUGCUCAAAUGAUUGAAAGUGGUGAAGACAUUGACUGGGGAUUUGGAGAGGCACUUGCUUUUGCUACCUUGCUUGUUGAAGGCAACCAUGUUCGAUUGAGUGGUCAGGAUGUUGAAAGAGGUACUUUUAGUCACCGCCACUCUGUAGUUCAUGAUCAGGCUACUGGGGAGAAAUAUUGCCCCCUUGACAACGUUAUAAUGAACCAAGAUGAAGAGAUGUUUACUGUUAGCAACAGCUCACUUUCAGAGUUUGCUGUUCUUGGAUUUGAAUUGGGUUACUCAAUGGAAAACCCCAAUUCAUUGAUAAUUUGGGAAGCACAAUUUGGAGAUUUUGCUAAUGGGGCUCAUGUGAUAUUUGACAAUUUCUUGGCUUCUGGUGAGUCCAAGUGGCUCCGUCAAACUGGGCUAGUUGUGUUGCUUCCUCAUGGUUAUGAUGGCCAGGGUCCUGAGCAUUCAAGUGCAAGAUUGGAACGUUUUCUUCAGAUGGCUGAUGACAAUCCAUAUAUUAUUCCUGAGAUGGAUCCAACUCUUAGGAAACAGAUUCAGGAGUGUAAUAUGCAGAUUGUGAAUGUCACAACUCCUGCCAACUUUUUCCAUGUUUUAAGGAGGCAGAUACAUAGAGAAUUCCGAAAGCCGCUCAUUGUAAUGUCCCCUAAGAAUCUACUUCGCAGCAAGGCUUGCAGAUCAAACCUAUCAGAGUUUGAUGAUGUCCAAGGGCAUCCUGGUUUUGACAAACAGGGAACCAGAUUUAAGCGUCUCAUAAAAGACCGAAAUGACCACUCCACUGUUGAAGAGGGUAUUAGACGUUUAGUACUCUGCUCUGGAAAGGUUUACUAUGAACUUGAUGAUCAACGAACUAAAGUUGAUGCAUCGGAUGUUGCAAUAUGUAGGGUGGAACAACUUUGUCCUUUCCCCUAUGACCUUGUCCAACGAGAGCUUAAACGAUAUCCAAAUGCAGAGGUUGUUUGGUGUCAAGAAGAACCAAUGAACAUGGGUGGAUACACUUACAUCCUACCCCGACUUGUAUCUUCCUUGAAAGCUGUAGGCAGAGGUGGUUUUGAUGACGUCAAAUACGUCGGUCGCGCCCCAUCUGCAGCCACAGCAACUGGUUUCCUCAAGGUUCACCAGAAAGAACAAGCUGAGAUUGCUGAGAAAGCCCUUCAACGUGAGCCAGUCAACUUCCCAUUCUGA